AACCUCCCAUCCUGAAGACACACUUACCACAACUGAGAGAGUGGGGAAACAGUUUGAGACCUAGCAUCAUUUAAACUUCCUCCACAGGCAGAAAAGCCAGAAGAGAAAAAUGAAAACAGGAUAUUUUGAUAUGGUCACCAUGCUGCUGACAGCUAUGAUUCUAAUGGACAUUUGCCAGGUGAAGGCUGAAAUGUUAGACAUGGCAGAAAAUGCAUUUGAUGAUGAAUACCUGAAAUGCACUGACAAAAUGGAAGUCAAAUAUGUCCCCCAGCUGCUCAAGGAGGAAAAAGCAAGCCAUGCACUCCUAAAGGACGUAUGGGAAAAUGCAGAAGCGAAAUGGGAAGCCAGGAAGACGCAGAUUAUUCUCCCUAUGAGUUUUAAAGAUAACCAUGGAAUAGCACUGAUGGCAUAUGUUUCUGAAGCUCAAGAGCAGACUCCUUUUUACCGUAUGUUCAAUGAAGCCGUGAGGAUGGCUGGUCUGUCUCGAAAAGAUUAUAUCUAUGACUUCCAGUUCAAAGCUUUUCAUUUUUAUCUGACAAAAGCCCUCCAGUUGCUGAGAAGACCUUGUGACGAAAGUUACAAAAAUGUGGUAUAUAGUAUAAGCCAAGACACCUCAUUUACGUUUGGAGGACUAAACCAAGCCAGAUUGGGCCAUUUCACUUUGGCAUAUUCAGCCAAACCUCAGGCUCCUAAUGACCAAUACAUUCUGUUAACCAUCCACACGUGCUUUGGAGUUGCCAUUGAAAAAUUUUUUGAUAAAGAAAGUGAAAGAAUUACUUUAAUACCUCUGAAUGAGAUUUUUAAUGUGUCACAGGAUGGGGCCAGCAAUAACCUUAUCCUUCAAAGCACAAACAAGACCUGCAGCCAUUAUGAGUGUGCGUUUCUAGGUGGACUAAAAACUGAAAAUUGUGUUGAGAACAUGGAACAUUAUCAACCCAUCUAUAUCUACAAUCCUGGUGAGAAAAACCAGAACCUUGAAGACUCUGGAAUGAAAAGCCAGGAGACCACUGUCUUACCUGGUAUGAUGAGCCAUGAACCCACGCAAAUACCUGGGAUGAAAAUUCCAGAAACUUUUUCACUACCUGGAAUAAAAGUGGUACGACUGGAUGAAAAACCUGAAGACCAAAGUCAAGAAGAUAUCGACAAUCCUACUCCAGGUCCAGGUGUGAUUCCAGUUCCAGGUCCCAAAACCCAUCCCUCUGCAUCCUCUGGCAAAAUGCUCCUUCCAUCAUUGGCGACGUUCAUCAUUUUAAUCAGUGCUUCUGCUAUAAAUCUCUUUGUUGCUCUGUAGUCUAAUACAUUCUUUAUCACUUAAAAUCUCCUCAAGGGAUCCCACAGGAAUCUGUUAAAAGGAGUGAUAUAUUUUUCACUUUUGGUCAAAGUCAUGUGAUAACAUGAGGACUGCAUAUUUGUUACUUACUUUGCAAAUUCAGAGUUGGUCCAGAUGUCAUAGAAUUCAUUUUUCAUUUAUUUCUAUAUUUAUGAUUGCAAAAAAUGCCUGUAUACUUCUGGUUGAAUUCAAUAAAAUAACUUAAGAUUGUUGGCUACAG